CCCCGAGAGCGGGCUGCGGGCGGCGCGGGCGCAGGCGGGCGAGGAGCGGGUGGCGGUGACAGGCGGCGCGAGCUGGCACCCCCUCCCCCGCGCGGCGCGCCGCUGGCCCCACCAUGGAGCCCGCCGUGUCGCUGGCCGUGUGCGCGCUGCUCUUCCUGCUCUGGGUCCGCGUGAAGGGGCUGGAGUUCGUGCUCAUCCACCAGCGCUGGGUGUUCGUGUGCCUCUUCCUCCUGCCGCUCUCGCUCAUCUUCGACAUCUACUACUACGUGCGCGCCUGGGUGGUGUUCAAGCUGAGCAGCGCGCCGCGGCUGCACGGGCAGCGUGUGCGGGACAUCCAGAAGCAGGUGCGGGAAUGGAAGGAGCAGGGCAGCAAGACGUUCAUGUGCACGGGACGCCCCGGCUGGCUCACUGUCUCGCUGCGGGUCGGGAAGUACAAGAAGACACACAAAAACAUCAUGAUCAACCUGAUGGACAUUCUGGAGGUGGACACCAAGAAACAGAUUGUCCGUGUGGAACCCUUGGUGACCAUGGGUCAGGUGACUGCCCUGCUGACCUCCAUUGGCUGGACCCUGCCUGUGUUGCCCGAGCUGGAUGACCUCACAGUGGGGGGCUUGAUCAUGGGCACGGGCAUUGAGUCAUCAUCGCACAAGUACGGUCUGUUCCAACACAUCUGCACCGCCUACGAGCUGGUCCUGGCUGACGGCAGCUUUGUGCGAUGCACACCGUCGGAAAACUCAGACCUGUUCUACGCUGUGCCGUGGUCUUGUGGGACCCUGGGCUUCCUGGUGGCCGCCGAGAUCCGCAUCAUCCCCGCCAAGAAGUACGUCAAGCUGAGGUUUGAGCCAGUGCGUGGCCUGGAGGCUAUCUGUGACAAGUUCACCCGUGAGUCCCAGCGGCCGGAGAACCACUUCGUGGAAGGACUGCUCUACUCCCUGGAUGAGGCCGUCAUCAUGACAGGGGUCAUGACAGACGAGGCAGAGCCCAGCAAGCUGAACAGUAUUGGCAGUUACUACAAGCCCUGGUUCUUCAAGCACGUGGAGAACUACCUGAAGGCAAACGAGGGGGGCCUGGAGUACAUUCCCUUGAGACACUACUACCACCGCCACACCCGCAGCAUCUUCUGGGAGCUCCAGGACAUCAUCCCCUUCGGCAACAACCCCAUCUUCCGCUACCUCUUUGGCUGGAUGGUGCCUCCCAAGAUCUCCCUCCUGAAGCUGACCCAGGGAGAGACCCUGCGCAAGCUGUACGAGCAGCACCACGUGGUGCAGGACAUGCUGGUGCCCAUGAAGUGCCUGUCGCAGGCUGUGCACACCUUCCACAACGAUAUCCACGUCUACCCCAUCUGGCUGUGCCCGUUCAUCCUGCCCAGCCAGCCGGGCCUGGUGCACCCCAAGGGAGAUGAGGCAGAGCUUUAUGUUGACAUUGGAGCCUAUGGGGAGCCGCGGGUGAAGCACUUUGAAGCCAGGUCCUGCAUGCGGCAGUUGGAGAAGUUCGUCCGAAGCGUGCAUGGGUUCCAGAUGCUGUAUGCCGACUGCUACAUGAGCCGGGAGGAGUUCUGGGAGAUGUUCGACGGCUCCCUGUAUCACAGGCUGCGGGAGCGGCUCGGGUGCCAGGACGCCUUCCCCGAGGUGUACGACAAGAUCUGCAAGGCCGCCAGGCACUGAGCAGGGGCUGGCCCCGGAAAGACACAGACAUGUGGGUGGGCCCCGUCCCCCAGGUGCAGGAGGCAUCUUCUCUUCAGGCAAGCUUGCCGGCCCUCCCAGAUCCACCCUUCCAGAAAGAAACCCCUCCAGAGAUCUCACCCGGACCACGCCAGCGGCUCCCAGGGGCGGCCGAGUGGAGUGCAAAGGACAUGGGCUCUGGAGUCAGACAUACCUGAGUCCAGUUCCCAGUUCCGGCACUCAUUAGCUGUGUGACUCCGGGCAAGUCACCCAACCCCUCUGAACCUAGCUCUUGGCCCGUUGAAAGGGGGCAACAGUACCCGCCUGCAGGCCACAGUCAUCCAGGUCGAGCGCCUGUCUCCUUGGAGGUGCUGGAUACGUGUAGCGGCGGUUACUAUGGCUUCCCAUUCAGCACCUCAUCUGACUGGCGAGCUCCGGAUUCAGCGCCGGGUCCAGGAAGUCUCCGUGCGAGGUCACCUGGGCACAGGUUUGGCUGGAAGGGUUGAAGGGAUGCCCCAGAGCUGGACUGCGGGUGCUUCAGUCAGCCAGAAGCACUCCGCGCCGAGACAAGGAAGGCUCCUCUCUCCCCCUGGGCUCUUGGGAGGGCAACAGAUGGGGCAGGCAGGCCCAAGAUGUGCUGUGCCAAAGGUCCCAGUCCAAAGUUCCCUCUGCCGCCCUUAGUAAUGCCCUGCCCCUUGCCCCUUCCCGCUUAGGCUUGCGGGUCCAUCCCAGCCACCCCCCACGUCUCGGAGAGGACCUUGUCCUCAGAGAAGACAGCACAGACUCCUGCCCUAGCCCAGGUGGAGCAAGUGCCUCCUGCUCUGAACUGGGUCCGGAGAUCCUGGGCCCAUCCUUGGCUCCUCAACCCUCCAUGCCUCAUCUGGUCCCCAGAGCGUGCCUAGUCACGGUGGGGGUGCAUCCACGCUGCUCUGCGGCAUGCGGUGGCGGGUCAGGGGUGGACCACACCAAGCAGGAAAAUGGAGACUUGGUGAGGAUUCUCGCUGUGGGGCCGGAAGGAAAGACCAUCAACUUGAUUUCUCCAACUACUCAUCCCCCUUCGUUCUCCCCCACCCACAGCUGUAGUUAAUUUCAGUGCCUUACAAAUCCUAAGCUCAGAGAAAAUCAGCUCCACUUCCCUUCCAGAAGGAAGGGAGCCUCCCCAGGACCUUCCCAACUCGUUAAAGUUUGAUUGUUUAUGCAACUCCAUCUGAAGAACCGCCCGGCCUCAGCUGAGGACCCAGAAUCUGAGAAGGAAGUGUGUCUUGUGGGGAGCUGGGAUUAAGCCAACUGUGCCAGGCGGUGACAUUCUGAGAGAGAGCACUGCCCGAGAGGCAGGGGCUGGCUUUAAGUCCCUGCUCCCUUGUCAGCAAGCCAUGCUACCGUGGGCAGGUCAGUUAGGCCUCUGAGCUGUGGCCCCUCAUUUUACCCUGUCGGUACAGCCGAGACCUCCCCGGGCCCUCCUGCUGUGGGAGCACAUGCCUGUCUUAGUGUGCUUGCAGCGCCCCUGGAAGGUCAGGUGAGAAAUAAAUCCUCCAAGUGAA